AUCGCCUGACAUUUAAACAAAUUAACCCGCAAAGCUCGCAAGAACUGAUCGCGGGUCAUCACCAAGGUUUCUUCUUCUUUACUUCUUCCCGGCCUUGCUCGGCAGGUGCAGAGUGAACACAGCCAUGGUGACGUCGCCGGUGGUGAACACGUAUCCACUUUCCAGCUAUACCUUCGGUACCAAAGAGCCGAAGCUCGAGAAGGACACCUCUGUCGCUGAUCGUCUUGCUCGCAUGAAAGUCAACUAUAUGAAGGAAGGCAUGAGAACAAGUGUUGAAGCAAUUCUGCUGGUGCAAGAACAUAAACAUCCCCACAUUCUACUAUUGCAAAUAGGCAAUACCUUUUGCAAGCUCCCUGGAGGACGGUUGAAGCCAGGAGAAAAUGAAAUUGAAGGUUUAAAGAGGAAGCUCACAAGCAAACUGGGUGCAAACUCGCCCUCACUCCAGCCUGAUUGGCAGAUUGGUGAAUGUGUGGCGAUUUGGUGGAGACCAAACUUUGAAACUGUCAUGUAUCCUUAUUGCCCCCCUCAUAUUACGAAACCCAAGGAAUGCAAAAAACUUUUCAUUGUUCACUUGUCUGAAAGAGAGUACUUCGCCGUUCCCAAAAAUUUGAAGCUGCUUGCAGUUCCCUUGUUUGAGCUCUAUGACAAUGUGCAGAGAUAUGGACCAGUUAUCUCGACGAUACCGCAGCAGCUUUCCAGGUUUCAGUUCAACAUGAUCACCACAUGAGGUUACAGUACAAGAGCCCCUUAAAUUUGUAGCAGGAAUUGACUUCGAUUUGCUUGAGAUAGUUAGAAAAGAAACUUAGAGGACAUUAUCAACCUUGCUUGAGAUAGAUUAGCAUACUUGUGAUAGACUUUCUUGUUCUUGACCUUUUUGUCGAUGUGUUUGCGAGGCAAAAUUAUGUUGCUUGUAACAAGAUUCAACUGAGUUUGUGUAUCAUUUUAGCACAAUUAAAGUUUUAGAAGUGUAAUGUAUGUCUAUCGAAUCAAUUCUUAAAAGCCAAAAGCAAGAUUGCUAAAUGGUUAUUGGCAUGAUCUUCUUGAGAUGUAGGAGGUUCGAACCCGCGUCCCCAGACGUUUUGGUUUCCAGCUUCCGAGACGAUGAUAGUAUUAGCUCUUUGUAUCUCUAGUUUAAUGCUAUUUCAGUCAUUCUUGUGGGAUAA